AUGCAGUCUCAGCCAAGGAUGUCUCAACAAUCUGCUAACCAAAUGGUGCCGUAUGCAAAUUCUAUGCAAAAGGCUAAUGCAGUGGCUCAAGUUUAUUCAGAGACUGGAAUGUUUCCAACUGAAGAUGUGUCGUAUGGUCCUGUUUCUACUCAGUAUCCACAGUACAUGGUUCCCAAUGGUGCUCCUGCAAGUUUACAAGGAUUUACACCGCAGCAAAUUGAUCAAAUGGUUUCUCAAUACAAAUGUCAAGUUCAGAUUCAAGAGCCUAUAGCUACAUCUUCUGGUUCUAGUAUUCCUAGUGCUAUGGCCACGAUAUCUGAACAUGGUUUGAUGGCCGAGACUUCUACUUCUGAUAGUUCAGAUGAAGAGGAAGAUCCCAUUGUUUUAAGAGAUAGAAGAAUCCGAAAGAACAGAGUUGAUAAAUUAUAUAUUGGUCAAUUAUUCUUCAAUGGUGUUGAGUUUAAAGAGGCUGUAAUUGAGUAUGCUUUAAACUCAGGGAAUAAUGUGGUUCAAGGAAGAUGGGAGAAGACAAGGCUUGAAUUCAAGUGUGGCAUUGUUGGCAACUGUAAGUGGAGGGUGUAUUGCUCUUAUGAUGAGCCCAGAAAAAUGUGGGUGGUGAAAUCGACAUACCGAAAGCACAGUUGUACUGCUAAUGGGAGAUGCAGGCUACUUAGAAGUCCGGUUAUUGCAAGGCUUUUCAUGGACAAGCUAAGAGUAAAUCCUAAAUUCAUGCCUCUAGAAAUUCAAAAUCACAUUAAAGAUCAAUGGAAGUUGGUGAGUUCUAGGGGUCAAUGUCAGAGCGCAAGGCUGCUAGCUUUAAAGUUGAUUGAGAAGGAGUAUGAAGAACAGUUUGCUCACAUUCGUGGCUAUGCCAAAGAGAUUAUGUAUACAAAUCCUGGAUCAACUGCCAUUGUUGAAACUAUACCUAACUCUAUCAAUGAAGAUGUUUUCAACCGCUUUUAUGUGUGUUUUGAAAGAACACGCACACUUUGGAGAGGUUCUUGUCGACCAAUUAUCGGGCUUGAUGGUACAUUCUUAAAGACUGCAGUGAAAGGAGUGUUGUUGGCUGCAAUUGGUCAUGAUGCAAACAAUCAGAUUUAUCCACUUGCUUGGGCUGUGGUACAAUCUGAAACUGGGGAUAACUGGUUAUGGUUCCUCCAGCUACUCAAGGCUGAUUUAAAACUCAAAGAUGGUGAAGGAUUUGUUUUGAUCUCUGAUAAAUCAAAGGGACUCAUCAGUUCAGUGCAAACGGAAUUGCCUAAAGCUGAACACAGAUUUUGUGUGAAGCACAUCAUCGAGAACUUGAAGAAGAAGCAUCCACAAAAAGAUAUGAUCAAACCAUUAAUAUGGCAACUAGCUUGGAGCUACAACAAGACUGAGUUUAAAGAGAAUCUCAACAAAGUGAAAGAGUAUAAUGUCGAUGUCUACAAUUCAGUGAUGAAAAAGAAACCCGAGAUGUGGUCAAGAGCUUUCUUUAAACUUGGAAGCAACUGUGAGGAUGUUGAUAACAACGCCACAGAAUCAUUCAAUGCAUCAAUUACAAAAGCGAGGGCUAAGGCAAUGAUUCCAAUGUUGGAGACAAUUAGGAGGCAAGCUAUGCAUCGAAUGGUGAAGAGGCAUAACAAAUCCAAGAAUCACGAAGGAAGAUUUACAGAGUAUGUUGCUAAGAUUCUCGCAGAGCAGAAGAAAGAUGCAAACAAGUGUGAAACAACUCCCGCAACUCAUGGAGUUUACGAGGUUAUGCUUUAUGGGAAUAAGAAUUCGGUGAACAUGAAAAGAAGAACAUGUACAUGUGGUAAAUGGCAAAUCAGUGGGAUUCCAUGUGAGCAUGCUUAUGGAGCAAUGAUUGAUUAUGAUAUGAAUGUUGAAGAUUAUGUAUCAGGAUUUUUCAGCACUGAUUUGUGGCGAGACAAUUACGAGCAGUCCAUACAUCCAAUGAGAGGGCCAAGAUUCUGGAUGACAUCUAUGUAUCGCUUGGUAACAGCACCACCUGAGCCUAUACUACCCGGGAAGAAAAAAACAAAUAGACAGAAGACAUAUCAAAGGAUUAAAGGAAAACAAGAGUCACCGAAGAAGAAAACAAUAAAAGAAACACUUGGAAGGAAGGGACGCAUUAUACGUUGUUCGUCUUGUGGUGAAACUGGUCAUAAUGCAGCUGGGUGUAAAAAAUAUCCAAAAGAAAAGACAAAGAGACAAAGAACUACUGAGGUCGGGUCAUCAUCAUCUCAAGUACCUGAUACAAUCUCUCUCACGCAACCAUCGCAAACAAGCACCGACAUGGUGGUUUAUGAGUAA